AUGAGACUUGUGCGAACAAAUGUUGACUUUGUCAAGAUUGCUGUCAGCAUUAACUUGACACCUAAAUCUUUUGAUGAUCAGUAUCAAGGCUGUAGUCAGCAGAUCAUGAAGGAGUUAAAUGAAGGAGAUUAUUUCACUAAAGAAUUAGAAGUCAAUAAGAAUUACUCCAAGAUCUGGCAGAAUGCACACUUAAAAUGGCUGAACCAACAAAAGAAUCUCCCCCAAAAUAUGACUGACACACAUGCUGUGGCCAUCUUGGUUUAUAUCCUGAACAACAACAUCCACUCUGACUUCUCCAGAGCCAUGGCCAGUUUAGGUACCUCUACAGCGCAGUAUCAUCAUGACUUCCACUUCAAAUACCUUCACUACUACCUGACCUCAGCAAUCCAACUGCUAAGGGAAGACUUGCUCAGCCAUAAUAAAUAUCAUUGUUAUGAGUUGCAUUAUGAGUCAAAGGAUGUGUCCUUGAAAGUACCCAUUGGUACCAUAAUUCGGUUUGGCCAAUUCCUUUCCACCUCCCUCCUCAGAAAUAAGACGCAGAACUCAAAAAACAAAACUUUCUUUACCAUUUCAACCUGCCUCGGUAUACCUGUUGACUACUUCUCUCUUAAGAAGGAAGUCCUGAUACCUCCCUAUGAAUUGUUUGAAGUGGUCAAUAUAAGCUCGCUCCCAAGAGGAAAUUGGGUACAAUUGCAGUCCAUUGGAAACUUCAGCACAUACAACUGCCAGCUGCUGAAAGCUUCCAGCACAGAGUGUCUCCCUGUUCCUGUCACCAUUGCAUCACUGUCAUUCUUGAGCAUCAUCCUCAUCUCUUUCAAAAACGGAAUAUUGUAA